AUGGAGAGCUUGAAUUCACCACCGGCGCCAUCGACAGGCACUUUUUUCACUCCAUUGCUAAUUUCCAUGCUAGGAAUAAUUGCAACAUCCCUAGCCAUAAUAGUCUACCAUUUCGUCUUGGUUAGAUGCUGCCUGAGGCGGCAAAGAACCAACGCCAAUGCCGCUGCGCAACCCAUCUGCGAAGCCAGUCCAAUCGGCGUGGACAAGAAAGUCCUCAAAACAAUCCCAGUUAUGGCCUACUCAUCCCUAAGAGAACGAAAUGUGGAUCAGAGUGAAUGCGCAGUUUGUUUAGGCGAAAUGGAAGGUGAAGAUAUGGUGCGUUUGCUUCCUAAUUGUAAGCAUGCAUUUCAUUUGCCAUGCAUAGAUCAAUGGCUUAUGGGGCAUGUAAAUUGCCCUCUUUGUCGAUCCGCCAUUGUUGCUGAAGAAAAAGAAGAAGAUGAUGAUAAAACGGCAACUGCAGUGCCAUUGCCGGCUAUAGAAAAUACAAGAAAUAAUGGGAAUUCUUCUGGAAAUUAUCACGUUCAUGAAAAUACAAGUACAAUAGAGAAUGGUUCUUCAUCUGCGGGGCAACGUUUUGCUCUUCUUCGCCAUUGUUAUUCACUGGUAUUGCCAACGGAAAGGAAAUCACCAUCAUCUAUGUCGUUGUCAUCGAGGGGUUUGAUAAUGGGAUUGAAUAGAUCUUUGUCCAUGGAUCAGUCGUAUGUUGUGGUUAAUAUACGAAGGGAGAGUGAAAGGGGUUGUUCAUCUUCGUCUUCUUCUUUAAGAGCAGAGCUCACGAGGAGCAGAUCAUAUUGUGGGCGUGCACAAUCAUUAAGGCAUUUGGAUCGUGUAUCGUCCAAGUUAUUGAGUUCGUUCUCACGAUUGCGCGAAGGGAAGACAAAUGGGAUUCUUCCAUACUAA